AUGGACAACAUCACGGAAAAGAUUGCAAAGGUCACAGACCUGAGCACAUACACAGACCUCACCCCAGAGCAUCUUAAAAAGCUGUUCCUCGAGAUUGGUGGCAGUCCCGAGAAGCUCCGCACCAUCCUGAACUUGUGGUUCGUCCCCGAGUUCAAGCCAACAUUCAUUGAGCCACAGGACUAUUCCUUUGGUGGACUUCAAGAUGUCGGCUUUCUCGAGUCGCCAGACACAGAGAGCCCCCAACGGCCUCUGCGUCUGAUUGACCUUGAGACGGGCAAUCUUGUUGAUGUCUGGAACACAAGCCCUUCAGAUUCGUAUUGCAUGCUCUCGCACAGGUGGAAGGGCGAUGAGAUUACCCUGGCUCACAUCAAGCGAGCGAGACAGAAGCACCUUGAAAGGUCCCGAAAUGGUAUGCUUUUGGAACUUGACGGUGACAUUCACAUCGUCCUUGAGCAAUCUAGGCUUGAUAUCUUGGAGCAAGAACAGAUGAUCGAGUCUCUCCUGGGUGACAACCCAGAUGGAAGAACUGUCGGCGACUUGCUGCAGAUGCGCCUUACUGCCAGCGACGCAAAGUCUCAGGUCAAUCGGGCGCGACAGAACAGAGACGCUAAGAAGUCUAAGCUUGAGCGCUGCAUGAUGGAGAAAGAUAUGUUUGACCAUCUGAUGAAUCGCAUCCAGAAGGACAUCAGCGAGGAUACGGAACAGGUCACUGACCCGAAGCCUACUGUGUCUCCUCUAGUCGACGAAGCGGAAGCAGAAUAUGCCGAUGCUCAAAAGUCACUGGAAGUAUCUAUCACGAAUCAGAACAAAGCCAAUCAAGACGCCAAGUUCUUUGGUAGUGACCGUCGACUUGGAGAUGCUGUGGACGAGAUGAUGAGCCGGCUCCAACGCUGGAAGUCAGUCAUCAAGCUCGAGCGGUCCAUGACUGAGGCUCGGGAUAUCUUCAAAACGAACAUGUUCCCGAAUUAUGGCGCUCGUUACAUGUGGUCUGACACUUGCUGUAUCGACAAACUCAAUUACGGAGAGCUUUCCCAGUCUCUUUCACUCAUGGGCGAUUGGUACGCCAACGCUGAGUUCUGUGUCGUCCAUCUUGACACAGACAGUCGGGCUGCAGACGCCAUUCAUGACUGGAAGCAGUUCAAGGGAGAGCCAGUCAAUAGCAGCCCUAACAUUCCAAGCUUUAAAGCUAUUAAAGGAACGACUCCCGAAUGGUCGAAACGUGCGUGGACUCUACAAGAGUUGGUGAUGAGCAAAAUGGCAUACUUCACCAACUCUCAGUGGACGUCACUCAGCCGACCUGUGCAAACUCUAGGCUACAUUUACCCUUUGAUCCCAUUUAUUGAUCUGUAUACCAGUGGCGAUAUAGCCGAUGUGUACUCCAACGAAAACGAGACGAAUGCCUUGGAAGCCAUUACAAACUCUGCGGCUCUCGGGACACUCGUGGCCGGAGAUGAGGUUGUCAUAGCCAGUAACGAUGAUGAAGACCAGGGUGCUUCAGAGAGUAUCGGUACAGCAGUUCGCAUUGCCUCAAUUCUCCAGACUCUAGGGUUCAUAUUCCCGCGAGAGAUGAUGACAGAGACUGCCCUGCCAGAGAUGAGUCGCGCCGUCUAUCUCGCAGCACAUAAUCUCGUUAGAAAUGAGAGCGACAAUGCGAGCAGCCCAGUGAAAGACAUCCUUGCAGAGGUCAACCACCAUAUCCUCUCCACAACUAAAGCAGAAGGUCUCACUGCCGAGAUACAGGCGCAAAAUGCUAUUAACUUCCUCCUCUAUUCCCUUGUUGCAACAACAAAGGAUCUUGUUCUUGAAGAUCGAAGGUCGAUCGCAAGUUUCGGCCAAGUCAACCAGCUAGACUCAUGGAAGCAAGGUAUUGCCCGCAGCGGUUUCUCUGCUCAAAGAGUUCUCCAGCUUUCUUGUAGCCGCAACGCAACCGUGCCAGUUGACCACGUAUACUCCCUCAUGGGUAUUCUCGGCGUUCGCUUCCAGUCAUUCCAUGCAGAAGGGUACGCUAAAGCUUUAUCUCGUCUUCUCGAUGAGGUCAUCAUCAGCCACAAUGAUGUUUCAGUCUUCAACUGGACCGGGGCAUUUAUGGGCAGUCCUGUUCGUGGACGCUCCAUGUAUCCGGCCUCUCACAAAGCCUACUCAAAUGAAGAAGACUCUGGCCGACGCUACAACAUGAUGAUUUCUGCGGAAGUUCAGCGGAAGCGGAAAGAUGUCAUGGUCGCUUAUCAAGGCAUAAUAACCAUGCUUCGAGAUGCCAUUGACUGCAUUAAAACAAAUGGACGUGAAGGGCUUCCGCUGGACUGGGUCCGCAAUAUUUGUGUUUUCGUGAAAGGGUCCACGUUUGAAGUUCUUGGACCUGAGCUGGAGAACAUCGGCAAGAUUCUUCGUUACAUCCAAGACCAUUGUGUCAAGCCCGACCCUGUACUUCCAGCUCCAUCUGCCCAGCAGCAAACAUCUGUGGUCGGGAGUCAACCUCCAGUUUCAGACGCAAAGUCUGGUGCUGGGGCUGGUUGGGGCUUCAACAAACCAACGCUCCCAAGCAUGAAGGUCAAGACACCAAAGCUGCCUGGCUUUGGGGGUGCUUUAAUCACGAAGCCAUCUUUUGGAAGACAUCACUCUGAACCUGUGGAGAAAGCUGUCAUUCCAGAGCCCGUUUCUCCUCCAAAGCCCAGCACGCCUGAAGUGCCAGAAUGGCUGUCACUAGACCAGGAGGUCAAGACGUACCUAUCAAGUCUUACGUCGAACUCUACAACGAGAGGCUGCCUACCAACUCGAAUCCAGGAACUCGAAGCUAAGAGGUUGGCGCCGGAGGCCAAGCUAGAGAGAUCUAGCACAGCAUACACUUCUCUUGACGAUGACCUUACCUGUCCAAACCCUAUCAUCAUCAACAGUUCCGGGAUCGAAGGCAUCUUCGACAUCCAAAGGAUUGUCGUCACCAUGAUCGACCGGGAGAAGCUCAUGAGGCAGGUCGUCAAAGCCAGUAGUCCGAAGCAGAAGAUAUCUGGUUGGUGCAUCAUCAGCACAGGCUUUGCUAGUGUGGUUGUCAACUUCGCCUGUGAACAACACAUCCUGAAGAAACAGCUGGACGUCGAACAAACAGUCGAGGACAAAAUCAUCAAAGAAGACCGGGCACGGAAGCUUCACAGUGACUUGCAGAUUGUGGCUGGAAAGCCAAAUGAUAAUGGUGCACCAUUGACUAAGGACGCUCAAUCCAGCGACACGGAGGACCUGACUGGCAAAAACAUCAAUAGCUCCAAGCCAACCAAAGAUGAGCUGGCCAUCGUGCGCAUCAUUGGCUUUAUUCAAGAGCCUCAACUUCAGCUUGUCGCAGGAGAGUGGGUUUUGACACGCUUCUCUGGGACACCAGGAGCGCAGUGGUUCUUAUGCUACCUCGAGCUAGGCUCCACCCAUUCGUACUAUGGCCAUCGCAUCUCAGCUAGCGAUAUCAACUUCAAUAACUCAGCUAUUGAGCCUGGACUUAUGAGCGCCUGGAAGGUAUACAUGAAUCGUAAGAAGAGCAAGAUGUGCAAUGUCUUGGACAAGUACAUCAAAAGCUCUACGAGCGCCAUGAAAGGUAAGGAAAGACUCAACAAGAGUUCAGAAAUUGCGAAUGAAAACUAUGCAAGGUUUAUGGAUGCAGGGAAUCAGAGUCUUGAGCGGGUCAAGAGCAUGGGAUCAUCAGUAUCUGUAUCACCGUCCAUGCUCAAACUCCCAUUCACCGAGUCUGACGCCAAGGAGGUCAGUGCCAAGGAUCUGGACUCGGAUGAUGAUGAAGACGGAGGGAAAGGGCUUUUUGAUGGACUACUUGACCAGGGCAAGGAAGCCACCGCAGCACUGGGCGAGUAUACGGUCCUUGCUGUUUAUGAGAAGAUUUGCGAAAUGCAUGCUCAGCACCUUGAUAAGCACCUGGCUACUUCAGUUCUGAAACGGACGCCCAAAAAUCUUCAAACCGCUAUCGAGAGUGUGGACGAGCACAAAGGGUUCCUCCCCGCAAUGUUUCAUUCCUCUCGAAGGGUGCAUAUGUUUUAA